AUGGUCGUCUACGCCGAUGCAGCCCCAGGGCUGGCAGCCACAACGAUCCUGCUUACGACUUUGGCACUGAUCACAUUCGGCUUGCGCGCUUACUGCAGAUUGAGCCGCAGAUCAUGGGGACCCGAAGACUGGAUUAUGACUGCAGCACUGGCACCGUUUUUCGUCCUUGUGGCUGGAUGUCUUGGGGGAGCAUUCAAUGGAAUUGGUGCUCACACUACCACCCUUGCAAAGCCUGGUAAUGAAAAAUACUCAGCAGAGGCACAGAAGUUCUUCCUGAUCUUCGAGGUUGGCUAUUGUGCUGCUAUCAUCCCGAUCAAACUCAGUAUCAGCUGGAUGUUGAUUCGUGUGGCCGAAGGAAGGAAAAUCUAUGUUUAUGUGCAAUACGUCGUAAUUACCAUGUUUGUUUUGAUGAACAUCAUCGCGUUGAUCUUCAUUCUGAUCAACUGCAUUCCCGUCCAAGCUGCUUGGGAUACGGAACUCCUCAAAAAUGGUGGCCACUGUCAGCCCAGCUAUGUCCUCGCCAACGUUUACUACGCAUGUACCGCCGUCAACAUCUUUACCGAUUGGGUGACUGCUUUCCUCCCGGUACCUUUGCUCUGGAACGUGCAGAUCAAUCGCAACACCAAGAUCUCGAUUAUUGGACUCAUGGGCCUUGGAAUCUUCGCAUCACUCUCCGCAUGUAUCCGCCUCAAAUACACAGUCGCCCUCACCAGCCAAAACGACUACCUUUUCGAAGUCGCCAACGUCGUCAUUUGGGGAUUCGCCGAAAAUGGUAUCGGAAUGAUGGUCGGCAACAUCGCAACUCUCCGUCCGCUUUUCCGCAUCCUCCGCGACGGCAAGACCUCCGACUACGACAAAUACAACAAAUCGCCCGGCUUCACUGGCUCGCGCAGCGGAGGCGCAAUGUUCUCGCGCAACUACGAGCUCGAGAGCGGAAAGAACCUUAACCAUACCACCACCGAGGUUGACCACGGCCGACCUGGCAGCUCGAGCGAUGGCGAUAGCCAGAAGGACAUUUUGGAAAAUGGACAAAGGCCUGGUCAAGCUGAUAUUGUCGUUAACCGUCAAGUUAUGGUGACAUACGACUAA